AUGACCUGUGCCCUGCUCUUCGUGCUGUCCCUAGUUCUGGCCCUGGCAGCCCCAUCCCAAGGCCAUGGCCUUGGCCCCAAGUCCCGCUUGCGCUAUUCCAGGUUCUUAGGGCCUUCCAAUGUCAUUUUGCUGCGCUGGGACUUUGAUCUUGAGACUGAGAUCAUCACCUUUGAGCUCCAGGUCCGGACAACUGGCUGGGUGGGCUUAGGUGUCACAAACCGCUACACGUUUGUGGGCAGUGACCUGGUGGUUGGAGGAGUCCUGCCCGAUGGCCAUGUCUACUUCUCGGAUCAGCACCUGGUGGAUGAAGACACCCUUCAGGAAGAUGGGAGCCAGGAUGCUGAGCUGCAGGGACUCAAGGAAGAUGGGGUCUAUACCACUUUGCGCUUCUCCAGGCCCUUCCGGUCCUGUGACCCUCAUGACCAAGACAUUACGGUUGAUACCGUGAGGGUACUGGCUGCCUAUGGCCUGGAUGACACACUGAAAUUGGAUCAGGAACGCAUUUUUGUCAAGUCCAUCUUCCUGCUGCAAAUAUUCCACCCUGACGAUCUGAAAGUCCCCGAGGACACCAUCAUUCAUGACUUGGAGAUCGUGGAUUUCCUCAUUCCAGAAGAUGACACCACCUAUGCCUGCACCUUUCUUCCUCUUCCCAUCGUCAGCAAGAAACAUCACAUCUACAAGUUUGAACCCAAGCUGACACCCCACAAUGAGACCGUGGUGCAUCACAUCCUGCUAUACGCCUGUGGCAAUGCCAGUGUGCUCCCCACUGGCAUCAACGACUGCUACGGGGCAGAUCCUGCCUUUUCCCUCUGCUCACAGGUCAUCGCUGGCUGGGCUGUCGGGGGCACUAGUUACCAGUUUCCAGAUGAUGUGGGCAUCUCUAUUGGAACUCCCUUGGAUCCUCAGUGGAUUCGACUGGAGAUUCACUACAGCAACUUUCGUAAUCUUCCCGGUUUGUAUGACUCUUCAGGGAUCCGUGUGUACUACACCUCUCAGUUGCGCAAAUACGACGUGGGAGUCCUCCAGCUGGGAUUCUUCACCUUCCCCAUCCACUUCAUACCCCCAGGAGCAGAAUCAUUCAUGUCCUAUGGGCUGUGUAAAACAGAGAAAUUUGAAGAGAUGAAUCGGGCCCCAGUGCCGGACAUACAGGUAUAUGCCUACCUGCUCCAUACCCACUUGGCUGGGCGAGCUCUGCAGGCUGUGCAAUACAGAAAUGGAACACAACUCCGAACAAUUUGUAAAGAUGAUUCCUAUGACUUCAAUCUGCAGGAGACUCGAGAUUUACCAGCUCGAUUGGAGAUUAAGCCGGGUGAUGAAUUGCUGGUUGAAUGUCACUAUGAAACCCUGGACCGUGACUCCAUCACUUUUGGAGGUCCUAGCACUAUUAAUGAGAUGUGCCUCAUCUUCCUCUUCUACUAUCCCCGAAAUAACAUCUCCAGCUGCCACGGGUAUCCUGACAUCAUCUCCGUAGCCCAUGAGCUGGGGGAGGAGGUGUCUGAUCCCAUGGAGGGCAUGAUGGCCAUGAGCAGUGUUGAGUGGACCCCCGAGAACAUUAAGAAGGCCGAGAAAGCCUGCAAGGAGGCCCAGCAGACUGUGUUAAUCAAGACUAUUGAUGAGCUUGUAGAAAACACCACAGGCUGGAUUCCAGACAUCAUUCCCACUCCUCGGGGACCCUGCUUAGAAUCUUCAGGAGGCAAAGUGGAGCCCCAGGACAAGACCCCUGCCGACUCCAGAGCUGCACCAAUGCCCCUGUCCAGCUCCACUGCUGCUUCCCUCAGGUGCCUUCCCCUGACAGCCCUCUUAUGCAUGCAGGGUGCCCUCUCAAGGAUCCUAGGCACUCUGCAGACUGGCUUCUGAUUCUGUUUUAUAAGGGUGAUUCCCAGGGCCCUUCAUCUCAGCCCUCCCCUUAUCGCCAAAGCCAGGAAUUCCCCCUAUAUUAGCUCACAUAGUUCCCCAGCUGUCUCUUCCCAUUACCUAGGUCAUGAACCUAUAGAAUUGACAAAAUCCAC